AUGUGCAUCGAUUACCAGGAACUGAACAAGUUGACCAUUAAGGACCAGUAUCCAUUGCCGCACAUCGACGGCCUGUUUGAUCAACUGCAAGGUGCUAAGGUACAUCCAUCCAUCAGACAAGAGGUGAUAGUAAAACAAUCUUUGGAUCUUGAGCUGCAAGGGAUCAAGCUAAAGAUUCAAGAGCAGACGAUGAAUGACCCUGACUUCACAGUAGCCAGUGAUGGGGCAUUGCUAUUUCGGGAUAGGUUGUGUAUGCCUGAUGACAUGGAGAUACAAGAUAAGAUUGUGAAGGAGGAACAUAGUUAUGAACACUCGCUUCAUCCUGGAAGUAUAAAGAUAUAUAAAGAUCUUAAACAAAGCUAUUGGUGGCCAGCAAUGAAGACCAUUGUUGCCUUGUACAUAGAAAAAUGUCUCAUGUGUCAGAAGGUCAAGGCAGAAAGGCAUUGA